AUGCAGUGGACAGUGUUUGUUGUUUGUUUGGCCGUCGCCAUCCCGUGCAUCCGGGCCGAGAGUGAGGAUGAGCGCGCGCCACGACUCAUCGGUGGUACGAACGCACCGUGGGGACAGUUUCCGUCGGCGGUUUCGAUCAACACCAGCCACAAUCUGCAUUGUGGAGGCGCCGUCGUUGACCGGCAGCACGUCCUGACGGCCGCCCAGUGUGUGUUCAACGCCAACCGACGCCUGCUGGACCCGUACUGGAUCGAGGUACGGGCCGGAGACAUUGCUCUGGCACCGGUUGGAGCACGCCGUCAGACGCGCCGCGUCUCGCAGAUCUUCGUGCACCCGCAGUUCAACGUCCUUACGCUCGAGCACGAUGUGGCCGUGCUGAGGCUCGACCGCCCGUACGAUCUUCCCUCGAACACUAUUAAUAUGGCUAACCGGACGCGCCGGAUCGUGCGGAACGGGGCUAACUGUCAGAUGGCGGGCUGGGGUGCGUCGGCGGCAACGGUCAACGCACCGGUCAACGUGCUGCAGCGCUUCCUGCCGAUGACGGUCAACGAUCGCGAGCUGUGCAACCAGGGAACCAUGCACGCCGGACGCGUCCUGGAGAGCCAGCUGUGCGCUGGGAACACGGCCGCAUCGAACAAUGCGGCUCCGUGCGCUGGCAACGCCGGCACUGGGCUCUACUGCGACCGGGCGCUAGUAGGCACGCUCUCGUUUGGUAUCAACUGCGGUGUGGCCAACAACCCGCCAGUCUUCACGCAGGUGCGCUUCUACAACGACUGGAUCGAGCGGCAGCUGAACCAAACGCAGGGACUGCCCGCCGGCUGGACUCCAGCCCAGUUGUAA